UUUAACUUAACUUUUAGGUGUUGGCUGCCAAUUGUAGAGUGCAAAUGAAAAGUUGCGGAUUGUAUUGAUGUUUUAUUACCUAGUUUUUUAUAACGUUAUUUGUGUAAUUGAGUGUUAAGACACUAAAGUAGACUGUCGUUGCGUUUAAAACAUUGAGUUUGCUCGCAUCUUAAUAUACCUUAUGCACACAAAUACAACAAAUUCAUUAAAAAAUGAAUUGAAUUGGCGAAGAAUGACGUGCACAUGGAUGUUUUCGGAAUGAACCAGGCAUAGCAGGAAAGCACUUUUAAGUAUAGUAACGCUGAAUAAAAAAGUUUCUAACUGUAAUAAAGCUGGUUUAUACUAAACUACUUCGAAAAUUAAACAUUUUAAACAAAUAUUGCUUAUAUAAGCAAAAACCUUGCUUAAAAAUCAUUUACACUUCACAUCCCUUAAAACCCGCAGAAAGUACUGGAAAUCAAGGAAUAAAUCUAACAAAAAAACGUUCCUGUGUAAAAAAUGAAUGAACUGGACAGUCUUAGGCAAGAAGCCGAAUCCCUAAAGAAUGCUAUACGAGAUGCUCGAAAGGCCGCUUGUGACACAUCCUUGUUGCAAGCUGCUGCCUCUCUGGAACCCAUCGGGCGCAUACAAAUGCGUACGCGCCGCACAUUGCGUGGUCAUUUAGCGAAAAUUUACGCAAUGCAUUGGGGUAAUGAUUCUAGAAACCUUGUUUCAGCUUCACAGGAUGGUAAGCUAAUCGUAUGGGACUCCCAUACCACGAACAAAGUUCACGCCAUUCCAUUGCGAUCUUCAUGGGUUAUGACCUGUGCUUAUGCCCCGUCAGGCAGCUAUGUUGCCUGUGGAGGUCUCGACAACAUGUGUUCAAUAUACAACUUAAAAACACGUGAAGGAAACGUUCGUGUGUCCCGAGAGUUACCGGGCCAUGGCGGUUAUCUGUCAUGCUGCCGCUUUUUGGACGACAAUCAGAUUGUAACCAGUUCUGGUGAUAUGUCUUGUGGUUUGUGGGAUAUUGAAACUGGGUUGCAAGUCACCUCAUUUCUUGGCCAUACUGGAGAUGUUAUGGCUCUUUCAUUAGCACCGCAGUGCAAAACAUUUGUUUCAGGUGCCUGUGACGCAUCGGCUAAACUUUGGGAUAUUCGUGACGGUGUUUGUAAACAAACUUUUCCAGGUCAUGAAUCUGAUAUAAACGCAGUAACAUUUUUCCCCAACGGGCAAGCAUUUGCGACUGGGUCAGAUGAUGCAACCUGCCGACUCUUUGAUAUUCGUGCCGACCAAGAACUGGCAAUGUACUCUCACGAUAACAUUAUUUGUGGCAUCACCUCAGUGGCGUUUUCAAAGAGUGGCCGUCUUCUACUUGCUGGAUACGACGACUUUAACUGCAAUGUAUGGGACACAAUGAAAGCUGAAAGGUCUGGUAUACUUGCCGGCCAUGAUAAUCGUGUAUCAUGUUUGGGAGUAACUGAAAACGGUAUGGCAGUGGCAACAGGAUCAUGGGACUCAUUCUUACGUGUAUGGAACUAAAAAAAAAGCUGAGAAGAUUCAUUAAAGGGUGGGGUGGGGUCAAUGGUAGCAUUUUACAGAUAAUGUCACAUAAUCAUCUACAUUUAAAUCUAAUGUAUAUGAUUUGUGUUACCCCUUUAUAGUUUAAUGGAAAUCAAUUCAUCACACAAAAAGGGAGUAAUCUGUGGGUGCGACUAGUUGACUUAAAAGUAGACCACAAAAACAAAGAACUUUAUAUACAUUAUUUAUAUUGCUAUAUACUUAUAAACAAACCAAAACAAAGCUACACAACUCGCAAAAAAGUACGACUCUCUGGAUCAGUUGUGUAGUCAGAUUCCGGUUACAACUAAAAUUUAAAUCGUACAUAAAGUAACCUAAGUUCAAAUGUUUGAGCGCAGUAUGCACCUGAAUAUUACCAAAAGGUGAAAAUCCCUUUUUGCGUCAGUCAUUUGCACAUUAUAGAAACAACACUAUCAUUAUGUGGUGCAUCUAUGACUAAAUGUAACUACGAUAGUCUUUUGCAAAUAAAUUAAAUUCAGGAUUUGGAAAAAGUCAAAUAAAGUUAAAGCAUUUACAAAGAAAAAUAACCACGCAA